CGACUAAUUACCGAAGGUGAGAAGGCAUCAAAGUUUUGAGACGCACCUGUUACUAACAAAAUGUUAGAAACUGCCUUAAAGAAAAGACAGUUACUCAUUUUUGUGCUGGGAUGGAUAGCAUAUGCAUCUACAUAUUUACUCAGAAAACCAUUAGGUGUUAUAAAAUCUGAUCUUGAAACAGAUUUGCACUUUUCAAAGACUGAACUAGGAUGGUUAGAUACAGCUUUAUUGUUUCCAUAUGCUGUCAUGCAGAUGUUAUUAGGACCACUUGGUGACAAAUUUGGAGCUAGGAGAACAUUCAGCUGCUGUCUUGUUUUGUCUGGAUUGUCUAUGAUUUUGUUUGGAUGGACAGAUGGAUUUUAUGGAAUGUUUGUUCUCCUUUUCCUCAACGGAACAGCACAGGCUCAAUGUUGGCCAAACUGUAUGAAGUCACUCGGAGCCUGGUAUCCAGAUAGUGUCAGAAAUACAGUAUUUGGUAUGUUUGGAACUUGUGCUUUUGCUGGUGGUAUUGGAGGAACAGCUCUGGCAGUUUACCUGCAGAAAGUCGAUGGCUGGAAAAGUGUAUACUUUACACCAUCAGUAAUAAUUAUUGGUGUUGGCAUAUUUGUUUGGGCUCUGUAUCAACAACCAGAUGAAGUAGGAAUUGAUGUCCCAGGCAAAGAAAGGAAUGCAACUUCUUCAAAAACAGCUGGAAAAUUGACAUGGUUACAGAUGUUGAAGAUACCUAUGUUACCAGAGAUAGCUGUUUCAAUGUUUUGUCUUAAAGUAGUCAGAUACUGUAUGUACAUGUGGUUACCUAUGUAUUUACUUCAAAGGUUGAAAUAUACUCCAGCAGUAUCUGGAAUGUUAUCAACAGUAUUUGAAGUAGGCGGUGUAUUAGGUAGUGCUGUUAUUGGUUUUCUUAUUGACAAAUUUUUCAAAGGUAGAACAAUAUUUGGUACAGGAGUAUCUGUAUUAUUAUCAGCUGUUUCUCUUACUUUGUUUUUACUGACCUGUGAUUGGGGCUGGAUGUUUAAUGUAUCCUUUAUGUUCCUGGCUGGUGCAUUCAACUGUGGACCUGAUAGUUUAUUGGGUGGUGCAGUUCCAGCAGAACUAGGAGAACAAGAUGGUAAAAAUGCAGCAGCAUCAACAGUUGGUUUAGUUAAUGGUUUUGGCAGUUUUGGUACAUGUUUGGAAGGUCCCAUAAUCGGUUUUAUAUCAGCUCAAUAUGGAUGGUCUGGGAUGUUUUAUAUGAUGAUUGGAUUAUCAUUUGUAGGAACUGCAUCAGUGUUUAAAGCAGCAGCAAUUCAUAAAAAUAAAAGUGGCAGAAUUCCAGAGGCUAUACCUCUUAAUAUGGAUGAAGUGUAAUCAAAAAUAUAUUAUAGUUUGAAUGUUAAUUGUAAAAUAUUAGGUACAAAUGUACUGGGAAAUAAUGUGAUAGUGGUCUCAUGUGGAAUAUUUCUUGUGGGUUUGUUAUUAUUUAUCAUCAUUUCUACAAAAAAUGUUAUUUUUGUCCUGUUGACAUUAAUUUUAUUUAUGUGUGUCUUGAAUACAGAAUGGUAUGUAAUCAAUGAAUAAAUUAUGGACAUGAAAUGAAAUUAUCUUAGGCUGCAUUUUAUGUUUGGUGGGCGUAGAAUAUGUUUUGUGUCAUGAUUGAAUUACAGCAAACUCAAUUUUCUGGUCAAUAUUAACUCCUUAAAGAUGUUUUCACCAAACUACAGUUUAACUUUUGGCUUUAGCUCAAUUUCUUCCUCAUACUUAAAAUCAUUUGAUAAUCCGUGUUCAUAAAAGAUAAGCUGUGUUUGCCUGUAACUUUUUAAAAUAUCCUUAAUAUUAGUUUUGGCCAUACUUAUAGUUGAGCAUAAUAAUGUAAAACAAAUAGAUUUUAUAGAAGGGUAACAUUCAUUUGUCAAUCAUCUGUGCUCAUAGAUAACAAACAUGGAAUGUUAGUGAAAAUAGUAAUUAUAGGAGUUGGAAAUAUAAAAUGAUUUCCUUGUCUAGCAUUUUGACAAUCGUUGUUUUGUAUUUUAUGGUUAAGUUUGUCUUAGAAUUCCUAUUAUCUUUGUACUUGCUCUUGUCAUUAUUUAUGGUAUGCCAUCAGUUACUGUUUUUAUCUCACCAAAAUUGGGGGAGUUGAUUUUCGUAUUUUGUCUGUCAAAUCUGCAUUGACCAAUGUUCAGUAAAUUGCAUUGACCAAUGUUCAGUAAAUUGCAUUGACCAAUGUUCAGUAAAUAUCUGUCUGAUUUCAGUCAUACGAAUUCUACCUCAUUUUCACUCUCUAAUAAUUUCAAUUUAUUUCACUAUAUAUUCAUUUAAUGGUUUUUUUUUCAAUUAUGCUUGCACUCAUCAACUAUAAAUAUGAUAGUGUGUUCAUCUUAAGGUGAUGAUACGGUCUCAUAUAUAUUACUUGUAGAUUUGAAGCAAUUUAACACUAAAUUCUAAGAUUAUUGUGUGCAUUUAUUAUUACGAUUUUUGAAGAAUGGUAAGAAAUGUGAGAUUAAUUGUUGUGAUUUUAGGAAACGUUGCAUACAGAUAAAUGCAUCAAAUAUCAGAAUGAAAGUUCUUAUUAUUGCGAUACUCAACCAGUUGCAUUAUUUGCAUCAAUAAAAACUCACAUUAACUUCCGUUGGCAGGUUAAAAGUUACUAUGAUUGCCAGGAUAAAAAUUUGUUAUGUUAAUUUUAUUGUUAUGAGUAUAUUAAUUUGUAUAUUGAUGUUCUGCAUUGAAAUUAAGAAUAUUGUUAAGUGUUUUUCAAUAAAUAUAUAAUACAGUUUGGCCAACUUUUAAUAAUGUAAAUGCGUGAGAUUUGGCCAAAAUCGUAAAGAUCAAAGAGAAAAAACAAUAGAUCAAAGGAAAAUGCCGCCAAAUAAGCAUGAAAAUGCGUGAGACUUGGCAGCCCUGAUGAUACAUCAGAAUUAAAAAAAAAGUCAGAUAUUUCAAAUUAAUUCUUUAGCAUAGAGAAUUUUGGUUUUUUUUUAAGGAAAAGAUGUCCUUUGUGAAUUGUGUGUAAAGAAAUUUGAUGUUAAACUCUUUGGAAAAUGAACUAGAAAUCACUUUAACAUGAAUUUGAAAAUCUUUUGCAAGAUGUGUACUUGAGAUGUAUGUUUAUAAUCAUCAAUUUGCCAAAGAACGUGUUCCUGAGAAAAUUUCAUUUAAAAAGAUCCUUAAUAAAACCCAAUAUUUUUUUAUGCCCCACCUAGGGGCAUUAUGUUUUUCGGUGUAUGCGUCCGUUCGUCCGUCUGUCCCGCUUCAGGUUAAAGCUUUUGAUCAAGGUAGUUUUUGAUGAAGUUGAAGUCUAAUCAACUUGAAACUUAGUACACAUGUUCCCUAUGAUAUAGUCUUUCUAAUUUUAAUGCCAAAUUAGAGUUUUGACUCCAAUUUCACGGUCCACUGAACAUGGAAAAUGAUAAUGUGUGUGGGGCAUCCAUGUACUAUGGACACAUUCUUGUUAUGAUUUGUUAUAAACAGAUUCAUACAAGCUGUCUUUAUGCAAAAGUAUUUAAUCGAAUAAAUAGAGUAAGGCAGUGAACUUUUAUGGUAUAUGAGCAUCUGUAUUUAUUUGUAUUUUUUUCUUUUUAGUGAGCAUUUAUUUAUUUGCAUUAGAAAUUAAAACUAGAUGAAAUUAUAAUUGGUUUGCUUCUGUGUAAUUUGUGUAUUCAGCCAUUGCACACAAUCUAAAUAAUAUUUUACAGACAUAUGCUAGCAGGAUAAUUUUAUUAGAACAUAUUCAUUCUUGUAUAUAAUGUGGAAAUAAUGCUUCUCUAAUGUUAAUGCUAUUUUUACUUGUCUUGAUCAGUGUGAGAAAAAUAUUUCUCAUCUCUAGAGAAAACUUUGUUCUCUGCAAAUGAUUGGUCAAAAUUUCAAUUAUGAUGUCAAAUUUUCUUGAUUUCUUCUGAAUUUCCUAUUGUGACAUCAUGAAAAAAGUCAACCAUCCUGGGCUCUCAGUCAUAAAACUUUACUCAGGACUCGGAGUACAAACUUUGUGCUCGAAAGACCAAAUCCUGUAUUUUGAUUGUUUGAUUUCUGAGUCUGAGUACGAUAUUUGUGCUUGAAAUUUUUAUGACUGCAAGGCCUGAUGGUCACAUAUAAAGAACUUUUUUAAAUUUUUGCAAAUUUUUGAAGAGGAAGGAUAAACUUGUUUAGAUAUAGUCUUAAAAUCAUUAGAGAAACAGAUUCCACCACUAUAUCUCGUGUAUUGCAAUAUUUCUCCACUCUCAACAGUUAAAUUUUAAAUAUUUAAAAGUUUGGCAAGCCUCGCAUUUUAAAUUUUUAGAAUUUAACUGUCUCAAUUGGGAGAAAUAUUGUAACACACUUGAUGCAAUGGUGGAAUCUAUAUUUCAAUAUUUGUUUUUACUUUUUUAAGGGUAAACUUAUUUCAGUUGUUACAAACGUUUUUAGUAGUGUCCUUAAUAUAUUUUUAUGCAAGUGUUUUUGUUUACAAUUUUGUAUUUAUUUUUUUAAUAACGAAUUAUUUAUAAGUGACUGUUAAAAUAGUUACUACUGUAAUAGAUGUGGGAGAAAAAAAUGGCAGAUGUAGAGUUAUGAAAUAAAAAGAAGUAAUUAUACGA